GCAGCCCCGGCCCCGGCUCUGCCCGGCCCUGCCCGGCCCCGGCCCUGCCCGCGGCCCACGGCUCCCGGCUCGGAGCGGCGCCCGCGUGGAUGGGAUGGAAGCGGGACCCUCGGGAGCAGCUGCAGGCGCAUACCUGCCACCGCUGCAGCAGGUCUUCCAGGCUCCGCGCCGGCCCGGGAUAGGAACUGUCGGGAAGCCCAUCAAACUCUUGGCCAACUACUUUGAAGUGGACAUCCCCAAGAUUGAUGUGUACCAUUAUGAAGUGGAUAUCAAACCUGACAAAUGUCCACGCAGAGUCAACAGGGAAGUCGUGGAGUACAUGGUACAGCACUUCAAACCACAGAUCUUCGGCGACCGAAAACCAGUCUACGAUGGGAAGAAGAACAUCUACACCGUCACAGCCCUGCCCAUUGGAAACGAGCGGGUUGACUUUGAGGUGACGAUCCCAGGGGAAGGCAAGGACAGGAUAUUUAAGGUGUCUAUCAAAUGGAUGGCCAUCGUGAGCUGGCGCAUGCUGCACGAGGCGCUGGUCAGCGGGCAGAUCCCCGUCCCCCUGGAGUCCGUGCAGGCGCUGGAUGUUGCCAUGAGGCAUCUGGCUUCCAUGAGAUACACUCCCGUCGGCCGCUCCUUCUUCUCCCCCCCUGAAGGCUACUACCACCCCCUGGGAGGGGGCAGGGAGGUCUGGUUUGGCUUCCACCAGUCGGUCAGACCUGCCAUGUGGAAGAUGAUGCUCAACAUUGAUGUGUCAGCCACUGCCUUCUACAAAGCCCAGCCCGUAAUCGAGUUCAUGUGCGAGGUUCUGGACAUCCGGAACAUCGACGAGCAGCCGAAGCCUCUGACGGACUCACAGAGAGUGCGUUUCACCAAGGAGAUCAAAGGUCUGAAAGUCGAGGUUACCCACUGUGGGCAGAUGAAGAGGAAAUACCGCGUGUGUAACGUUACGAGGCGGCCGGCCAGCCACCAGACGUUUCCCCUGCAGCUGGAGAGUGGUCAGACAGUGGAGUGCACAGUGGCUCAGUACUUUAAGCAGAAAUACAACCUGCAGCUGAAAUACCCUCACCUACCCUGUCUCCAGGUUGGCCAGGAGCAGAAGCACACAUAUCUGCCCUUGGAGGUGUGCAACAUCGUGGCAGGCCAGCGCUGCAUCAAGAAGCUCACAGACAAUCAAACAUCAACCAUGAUAAAAGCAACAGCCAGGUCUGCCCCAGACAGGCAGGAGGAAAUCAGUCGCCUGAUGAAGAAUGCCAGCUACAACCUGGACCCAUACAUUCAGGAGUUUGGGAUCAAGGUGAAAGAUGACAUGACAGAGGUGACGGGGAGGGUCCUGCCAGCACCCAUCCUGCAGUAUGGAGGCAGGAACCGAGCCAUUGCAACUCCCAACCAAGGCGUGUGGGACAUGCGAGGGAAGCAGUUCUACAACGGCAUUGAGAUCAAAGUCUGGGCGAUUGCUUGCUUUGCCCCGCAGAAGCAGUGUCGGGAGGAGGUGCUGAAGAACUUCACAGACCAGCUGCGCAAGAUCUCCAAGGAUGCUGGGAUGCCCAUCCAAGGCCAACCCUGCUUCUGCAAAUAUGCCCAGGGUGCAGACAGUGUGGAGCCCAUGUUUCGACACCUCAAGAACACUUAUUCGGGGCUUCAGCUCAUCAUUGUCAUCCUGCCAGGGAAAACGCCAGUGUACGCUGAGGUGAAGCGUGUUGGGGACACCCUCCUGGGAAUGGCCACACAGUGUGUCCAGGUGAAGAACGUGGUGAAAACCUCCCCACAGACCCUUUCCAACCUCUGCCUCAAGAUCAACGUCAAGCUUGGCGGGAUCAACAACAUCCUUGUGCCUCACCAGCGCUCUGCUGUCUUUCAGCAGCCAGUGAUCUUCCUCGGGGCCGACGUCACUCACCCACCGGCAGGAGAUGGCAAGAAACCCUCCAUAACAGCUGUCGUGGGCAGCAUGGACGCCCACCCCAGCCGGUACUGUGCCACGGUGCGCGUGCAGCGGCCUCGCCAGGAGAUCAUCGAGGACUUGUCCUACAUGGUGAGGGAGCUCCUCAUCCAGUUCUACAAAUCCACCCGUUUCAAACCCACCAGGAUCAUCUUCUACCGUGACGGCGUUCCCGAGGGGCAGCUCCCGCAGAUCCUUCACUAUGAGCUCCUAGCCAUCCGAGAUGCCUGCAUCAAACUGGAGAAGGAUUACCAGCCUGGCAUCACCUACAUCGUCGUGCAGAAGAGGCAUCACACCCGUCUGUUCUGUGCAGACAAGAAUGAGAGGAUUGGAAAGAGUGGGAACAUCCCAGCAGGAACAACCGUGGAUACAAAUAUCACCCACCCCUUUGAGUUCGACUUCUACCUGUGCAGCCACGCAGGCAUUCAGGGUACGAGCCGGCCAUCCCAUUACUACGUGCUCUGGGACGACAACCGGUUCACGGCGGAUGAGCUGCAGAUCCUGACGUACCAGCUGUGCCACACCUACGUGCGCUGCACCCGCUCCGUCUCCAUCCCCGCCCCGGCCUACUACGCCCGGCUGGUGGCGUUCCGAGCGCGGUACCACCUCGUGGACAAGGAGCACGACAGUGGCGAGGGCAGCCAUAUAUCCGGACAGAGCAACGGCAGAGACCCCCAGGCCUUGGCCAAGGCCGUGCAGGUUCAUCAGGACACUUUACGUACCAUGUACUUUGCUUGAAAGCCUAACUUUUGUUACCUCACUCAAGAAAGCUUUCAGAUUUGUAGGAGCCAUACAAAAAAAGGAAGCAUCGGGGACACCUUGGUUUGGGUUUGGUUUUUAUUCCAAUGAGAAAUCACUGCAGGGCAGGCAGCGUCGCUUGGAGGCAGGAGACCAGCACCACGGGACAGAACCAUCCAACACCUCGGGAGGGCUGGAAGAGGCUGAUGAUUUCUUUCUUUUUAUAACUUGUGGGGGUUUGGUGGUUUGUUGGUUUUUUUUUUUUUUGGUGUUUUUUGGGUUUUUUUUUUUUCUGGCUUUGCAAAAUUUUGACCUGACCAAACACAUGAAGGCAUUCGAGGAAAGGGAUGUAAAACUCCCAGGAGGCAGAAGCAGGUUUUCAUUGUUAAGAUGCAAUACUAUAGACUCCUGACUGUGAACUGGCGGCUUUGGUCCUCCGUUGCCCAUCAGGCGCUGGUAGGUAU